GGAAGUGGGUGGUGUAAGCGGAGGAUGGAGCGGACCCCGCGCGGGGACCACAGAUCGCGAUUCCUCGAGAAGAAUCACUGUUCCGCCGCAGGAGAACGGAGUGCGCGCACCGGGGACGAAAACGGGGGGAAUCCGCCGACCGGAGGGCGGAAAACGAUGUGCGUGUUUUUCACCGCUACACCCUCAUCGAUCGCGCGUCUUUAUUCGUUUAGCGGCCGUUGAGAAGCUCAGAAGCUCGACGCGUGUGAUCGAGAUUUGCAGUCGACGUGCACGCGAUGAACUCCGCGUCCACGCGCACACCUUCUGAGCCGCACGCGCGGGACCGGCUCUGAACGUGGCGGCUCGCGGACUCUUCCCCCCCCCACCUCCCAGCGUGGUGAUGGAAGCCUUUCUGGAGGAGCACAGCAGCCGCGCGGAUUCAUUCUUCAUCACGUUUCGUGCGCAAACUGUGAGAGAAGCUGCUGAUUGACGCGCCGGGCUGUUUGUGUUCUGCGUCCCACACCUGGACUUGACUUCGUGCACGCGGAUCCCGCCGUGCAGCCACGUGCUUAUUCUGCAAGUCCCCCCCCACACACACAGCAUCUGUCAGUCUGUGUCAGUUCAGCCGUCGUGUGCGGCACUGAACACAAACUCUCCGCCAUUUAACUGAAGGUCUUCGUCUCCCCUCGUCGGUGAAAUGACGCUCGAAGCCGCGAACACUGCGCCGAGUGUCUCGGUUUGAUAGUAAACAGACUCCCGCUGGAAGCCACGCGAGACUGAGGGGCCCUUUUUGCUCACGCGCUCCGCCACCUGGAAAUCACAGGAGCCCGCGAGAGCCCUCUGCGCAGGUGUGCACCGGGCGCGCGCCAUGGACGACUCGGGGAUCAUCCGCAGACGGAGGCUGCAGAAGGAUUUACCUCUGCCGCGCAAAAGCAGCAGUUGCAGAACCAGCAACAGGAAAAGCCUGAUCCUGACCAGCACGUCGCCCACCUUGCCGCGGCCCCACUCGCCACUGCCUGGACACAUCGGAAGCAGUCCGCUGGACAGCCCGCGCAACUUCUCGCCCAGCGGACCAGCCCACUUCUCCUUCGCCUCCUCUCGCAGGGCUGAUGGUCGUAGAUGGUCCUUGGCUUCUCUGCCUUCCUCUGGAUAUGGCACCAAUACGCCCAGUUCAACGUCAUCCAGCUCAUCCCAGGAGCGUCUGCACCAACUGCCCUUCCAGCCGACGAUGGACGAGCUGCACUUCCUGUCCAAGCACUUUGGCAGCACCGAGAGCAUCACGGACGACGACGGGGGCCGGCGCUCGCCGCACGCCCGACCUCGCUCCCGGAGCCUCAGCCCGGGGCGCUCUCCAUCCUGUUAUGACAAUGAAAUAAUGAUGAUGAACCAUGUCUACAAGGAGCGCUUCCCCAAGGCAACGGCGCAGAUGGAGGAGAGGCUGGCAGAGUUCAUCCACAACUACUGCCCGGAGAGCGUGAUGCCGCUGGCCGACGGCGUCCUGAGCUUCAUCCACCACCAGGUAGCCGAGCUGUCCAGGGACUGCCUCACAAAGUCGCGCGAGGGCCUCAUCACCAGCGUGUACUUCUGCGAGCUGCAGGAGAACCUGGAGAAGCUGCUGAACGACGCCUACGAGCGCUCCGAGAGUUCGGAGCUCACCUUCGUCAUCGAGCUGGUCAAAAAGCUCUUCAUCAUCAUAUCCCGUCCAGCGCGGCUCCUCGAGUGUUUGGAGUUCAACCCUGAAGAGUUUUACCAUCUGCUGGAGGCGGCGGAGGACCACGCCAAGGAGGGACAGCUGAUGAAGGCCGACAUCCCCCGAUACAUCAUCAGCCAGUUGGGCCUGACCAGAGACCCGCUGGAGGAAAUCGUUGGCCUCGACAGCUACGACAGUGAGGGUCCACACACUCCGGAGGCCGACGACUCCACCGAGGGAAAAGGGAGAGUCAUCAAGCCGCCGAGUGAGGAGGAUUUUCAGAGCAUCAAGCUGAUCAGCAAUGGAGCUUAUGGUGCCGUCUACCUGGUGCGACACAGAGAGACGCGUCAGCGCUUUGCCAUGAAAAAGAUCAACAAGCAGAAUCUGAUCCUGAGGAACCAGAUCCAGCAGGCCUUCGUGGAGAGGGACAUCCUCACCUUCGCGGAGAAUCCCUUCGUGGUCUCCAUGUUCUGCUCCUUUGAGACGCGGAGACAUCUGUGCAUGGUCAUGGAAUAUGUUGAGGGGGGCGACUGCGCCACUUUGCUGAAGAACAUUGGGGCUCUGCCGGUGGAGCUGGCAAGGAUGUACUUCGCCGAGACCGUUUUAGCCCUGGAAUACCUGCACAACUAUGGCAUCGUCCACAGAGACCUCAAGCCUGACAACCUGCUGAUCACCUCCAUGGGCCACAUCAAGCUUACAGACUUUGGCUUGUCAAAGAUGGGUCUAAUGAGCCUCACCACCAACCUGUACGAGGGACACAUUGAGAAAGAUGCCCGAGAGUUCCUGGACAAGCAGGUGUGUGGUACUCCAGAGUACAUCGCUCCGGAGGUGAUUCUGCGGCAGGGCUACGGAAAGCCCGUGGACUGGUGGGCCAUGGGCAUCAUCCUCUAUGAGUUCCUGGUGGGCUGUGUGCCUUUCUUUGGAGACACGCCGGAGGAGCUGUUUGGACAGGUCAUCACAGACAACAUCGUUUGGCCAGAUGGGGAUGACGCCUUGCCCGCGGAUUCCCAGGACCUCAUCUCUGCCCUGCUGCAGACCAACCCUCUUGUGAGGCUGGGUACAGGCAGCGCUUUUGAGGUGAAGCAGCACUCCUUCUUCACGGAGCUGGACUGGAACAGUUUGCUGAGACAGAAGGCCGAGUUCAUCCCUCACCUGGAGUCAGAAGAGGACACCAGCUACUUUGACACUCGCUCGGAUCGGUACCACCACAUCAAUGCGUACGACGAGGACGACACCAACGACGAUGAGCCGGUGGAGAUCAGCAAGUUCUCCUCCUGUUCUCCUCGCUUCAGCAAGGUCUACAGCAGCAUGGAGCAUCUGUCGCAGCUGGAGCACAAAGCCUCAAACUCCGUGUCCCGUCGGGAGCACAAAGGCCCGCGGGAGGACAAGGUGACCAAGAGAGAGAGCCUGGGCAGCUUCUGCAUGAGAGACAAGAGCUGGAGGACCGGAUCCCCCGAGAUGAAGCGCCUGUCUUGUUCAGAGUCCCUCUACAUGGAGGGGGAGGCGAGCCCUCCCCUUGGCGCUCGCAGACGCUUCUCAGCGCUGAUGGACACACACCGCUUCGCCUCCGCGCUGGACGGCGAGCCAGACUUCCUCUCCCGGCAGACCCCCAUGAAGGUCCGCGGGACCUCGCUGGACGGGACGAGCGUCCCCUCACCGACCCUGCUGGAGCCGCGGGGCGGCCUGAAGGAGAUCAACGGAGCAGAUAAGUCCCCUAGGCAUGGAGAGACACCGGGAGUUACCACGGCAACGUCAACAGCAGCGCCUUCGGUAGCCGGUCGUGACGUGAUGACCCCUCUGUACGACCCGCUGGGGCCCCGGGCCACCAACGACCUGGUCCUCCGCAGGGCCCGCCAUCAGCAGAUGUGUGGCGACGGCGACAAACGCAACUCCAGAGCCGGAAGCAAGGUCACCAAGUCAGCGUCUGCCACCGCCCUGUCCGUCAUCAUACCAUCAGUGGAGCAGCACGGCGGCUUCUCCCCGUUGGCGAGCCCCAUGUCCCCCCACGCCUUCUCCUCCAACCACUCGUCCCGUGACUCGUCGCCCAGCAGAGACUUCUGCCCGUCAGUGAGCGCGCUGCGCUCUCCCAUCACCAUCCACCGCUCCGGAAAGAAGUACGGCUUCACUCUGAGGGCCAUCCGGGUCUACAUGGGAGACAGCGACAUCUACAGCGUGCACCACAUUGUUUGGCAUGUGGAGGAGCGCGGCCCCGCACAGGAAGCCGGCCUGUGUGCCGGUGACCUCAUCACCCACGUCAACGGGGAGUCCGUCCACGGUCUCGUGCACACUGAGGUGGUGGAGCUCAUCCUCAAGAGUGGAAACAAGGUGACGGUGACCACCACGCCUUUCGAGAACACCUCCAUUAAAGUGGGUCCUGCCCGCAAGGCCGGCUACAAGUGUAAGAUGGCCCGGCGGAACAAGAGGACCGCGGCAAAGGACGGCCAGGACAGUAAGAAGCGAAACUCCUUGUUCCGUAAGAUCACGAAGCAGUCCAAUCUCCUGCACACCAGCCGCAGCCUGUCCUCUUUGAAUCGCUCUCUGUCCUCCAGUGAGAGUCUCCCCGGCUCCCCGACUCACGGCCUGUCUGCCCGGUCGCCGACGCAGGGCUACCGCUCCACGCCGGAGCCCUCGCACCUGGGAGCCUCCUCGCAGAGCAGCUCUCCGGCCUCCAGCACGCCAAACUCCCCCGCUCCGUCUCAGCACAUGAGGCCCAGCUCGCUGCACGGCCUCUCGCCGAAACUGCACCGCCAGUACCGCUCUGCCCGCUGCAAGUCCGCGGGCAACAUACCCCUGUCCCCGCUCGCCCACACGCCCUCCCCCACCCAGUCCUCGCCGCCGCCGCCGCCGCUGCCCGGCCACACCGUUGGAAGCUCCAACACCACCCAAUCCUUCCCCGUCAAGCUCCACUCCUCGCCGCCGGUGGUCCGCCCCAGGCCCAAGAGUGCCGAGCCCCCCCGAUCCCCUCUUCUCAAGCGGGUGCAGUCGGCGGAGAAGCUGGGCUCGCCCCUGACCCAGUCCAGCUCCACGGGCGGGCUCGGCGGCCCGCUGAGGAAGCACAGCCUGGAGGUGCAGCACUCUGAGUACCGCAAGGAUGCCUUCCUCUGCGAGCUCGGGCUCCAGAGCCUGCUGGAGACGGACGGGGAAAACCUGCCGCCCAAUCCUCCGCCCCCGCCCUCGUCCUCCGCAAACCCGGAGACCGGUGUCCUCAAGCCUGUGAGGAGACUGGGUAGACAGGAGUCCCCGCUCAGCAGGGAAACACUGCUGGCCGGGAGAGACAGGGAGGAGAGGGAGAGGGGACGGGAGAGGGAGAGGGAGAGGGAUUCUGAUGCCGGCACAGUCCUGGAGAGGUUGAGUCGCUUUGGAGCAGCAGGAUCCCAGUCGUCAUUCACGAGAAAAGCCCACAGCGAGCUGGCCUUCGGCGCGCAGGCCGGACCGAGCUCCAGGCUUUGUGUAGAACCCACCAAACCCACGGGUUCUAGCAGCCUCAUUAAAACGACAGGAAGUCUCGGUGGUCAGAAGGGACCUGAAAACGUCCCUCAGAGUCCGACGGACUCGGCGUCGAAACAGCGAGACCCCAUGGGAUCCAAAAGUGUGUUCUCUAACAUUAAAGAAGUCAAGGAGCAGCUAUGGGGCAGAACUGAGCCCAAGCAGGAAGCGGAGAGCAGGGGUAGGCCCGGUGCCGCAGGUGCUGCCCUGAGCAGGAGCUCCGCUUCCACGCUGGAUAAAUCAAGCGUCAGCGCGGCAUCCAAGGCUGGUCCUCUGAGCAUCAUCAAACCCUUUAAACCGUCGGGUCCGGGGGGCAGCCCGAGAAAGGCCGGGGGGGAGAGCGGCGACUCCAGGACUCCAGACUUUGGCUCCAAAAGCCCCAAGCUGGCGGCGCGCGUACUCGCCCCCGUCGUGCCCCCACACGGCCAGCCGCUCCUGCUGGGCAAGGUGAGGCAAGGGCUCGGGCCCGUCAACUGCUAUCGGGGGACCCUUGACUGGGAGGACAAAUGUCGCCUGGAAGUGGUGGAGGAGCAUUCGCCGUCGCCCUCUCCCUCCCCGACGUCCGUCGGCCCCUCCCUCUGCGGACCUUCGCUCUGCAAGUCCCGGCCCGUCUCCCCCGGCGACAAGACCAGCUUCGUCAGCCAGCUGACCACUGUGGCCAAAAGCGUGCUGGGCCCCAUCAAGCUCGGCUCCCAGGACGGGUCCAAGAGCAAAGAGCAGCAGACUAAGGCGGCGGCGGCGGCGGCGGAGGAGAGGCAGGGAGGCGCGGCGGGAAGGCCUGACGCGCCCGCCGGAGGGCGAGUGGUCGUUGGGGCAGCGGCGGUGACCCAAAGUCCCGCUGGCUCAGCGCUAGAGAGGGCAGCGGCGGGAAGCAGCCGGCCCAGUAUGUGACCCCCAAGGGGUCCCUAGAUGGGACCUUUUUUUUGGGGAGAAGCACUUCAAACAAUGUACAUUCCAGUUUCAGGGUAUAUAAAAUGUUAUUUAUUGAUCGCAAUGAUUGACUAAUUCUUACUCAAACCAGGAGUGAAAAGAUGUUACGUAAAGGUGCAUUACUGUUGAUUUUCUAUUCUAAACUAUUUAAUAAGAGGACUCACUCGUUAAUGUAACGUGGAACACUUUACCAGAUAUAUACGUGUGUGGGUCUAUGUGAACGCAUGUCAUAUAUAGUAUGUACUGUACGUGUAUAUUAGGUACAAGAAGGUCAAAAAGUGCUUUACCGAUCAAAACGUGCUGAAAACUGUGAACACCAAAAUCCAGUCACACUAUUUUGUCUCUUUCAAACCAGCGCUUUGUUCUCUCACCGCUUUAUCAAGCAAGACAAUAACCAACCAAGUUGUGGUCCCGUUGUAAUAUUGGCAUCAAGUGGGGCAGCAGAGCCUCAGUUUGGCUUCGGCGGGUCAGCAAGCAGCUGAAGAUGAUUGAGCUCAUUUCUUUAUCCGGCAGUUUACGGAGUCGCUGUGCAUCGUUCACACAAAGCCGAAGCAGGCACUCUGUCACUGGAUGUCACGUCUGGCUCUGCCAGUCGCCGGGGAUUGUGUGUGUGUGUGUGCGUGUGUGUGUGUAAAGCCACCGUGGGUCUAUUUCCGUUGCUUUUUGGGGGCUGCGUCGUCCUGCAGAGGAAAGCGUGUUUGACAGAGCUCAGGCUCAGCGCUUAUCUCCCCUUUGCAGGAGGGCUGCCACAGCACACACACACACACACGCACACACACACACACACACACACACACGCCACGCUCCUACAAACUGGGAUGCGAGUGUGUUUUGCGAGUGACUUAAGAAGCGUGCGGGGAUUCUUGCCGCUCGUGGGUGACUCAGCGGGUCAAACUGGAAAUCGGAUCCUGUGACGUUAACAGGCUUUGCGGAAUACUUUCCGAAUUCAUUAACAAAUCCCACAGGCUCAGUGAAGACAAUGUGUGUAGAUAUAGUAUAUUAAAAAAAAGUAAUCGUAAGCACAUAUACAGUGAAGCCGUGUGUCGUUUUGAGCCCUAGCAGGAAAGGUAGGCCGUUAUGGAUGUAGCAUACAGUUAUGUGUUUGUUAAAGGGCUCUAGAGAUGAGGUAGGGUGUGUGGAUGUGGGCAGGGUACAAUAUAUCACUAUGAACCUGUUGCUGUAAGGGUUAGGUUGUUAGGAACCACAAGCUAGGUAGUCAAGACCGAUUCAUGUGAAAACACACGUUUUUGAGAGGCAACGCACUGAUUUAACAUUAUCAGCAAGAACGCUGGUCAGAUGCUCACAGGGAGAAAGCACUUGUGCUGCUCCUAUUGGUUCCCAGUAACUACUCAUUCACUGCUGUGUGUGUGUGAGCACUGCUGUCACGGUUAUACCAACAAGAACAGCUUCACAUAGACAUGCAUUUACUUUUCCAAAAAAAAAGUAG